GCCACCAAUCAGAAAUUCUUGUGCACAGAGUCGCUCUGCCAAUUCACGGGAUUUUAAAAGCAGCAGCAGCGCCGUUGGUGGAAGUGGCAGCAAUUUGUCCAGCCGUAAAUAACCAGAACCACUAUUUACUGUAUAAAAUCCGCAGAAAAUUUGGAAUUUGGUUAGAAAAUGUGCAACAUAAAUUUUAUUUAAUACCUUUAUACAAAAGAACUGCUAGUGAAGUGUCCAAAAGUAUUUUACACCUUGCAUCGCCAGAUGCGAAAUUCCAGUGCACCGGGCAGAAAAAUCAAUUUUGAGGCCAAGCGCUAGUAGCUGAAGUAGUCGCAGUGACAGCGGCAACUUGCUGUGUUUAUGUGCCCAGUUUUUAGACGUAUCGGCGGGGUGGAACCAGCAGCAGUAACACCAGAAAAGUAAAUGAAUACAUCAGCACCCACGCAGAAAAUCACUUGCCUGGAAUUAUUAAUUGACUAGUGUAGCAGCAGUAGCAGUAAGCGGCCGCAAUCACCUACAACUUGUGUGUGAAGGAAUAGCUAAGUAAAGGUAGGUGUUGGGUGCGUCGAGUGCGUAAAUCAGUUGCAGUGUCAAAUCAGUUGGAAAAAUCCAAAAAAGAGUCGUGGGGUAAAACAGGUGCACGACACGCGCGCACGCACCCACCAUACAAUAUAUUUAUAAAUACUGGGUGUAGUUGUUGUUCACCGUUUGCAAAGCAGGUGUCGAUGCUAGUGUUGCAGGUGUUAGCCGUCGGAAAAGUGCUCUGGGAAAGUGUGUGAAAUUAGAAGAAAAAUAAGGCAGGUUGCUAUUGGGCUGCAUUCGCCAACUGAGACGAGUUAGCUGCAGGCAAGCAAAUCGCCAGCCAGCCAGCCAGCCAGGCAACGCAGUCUAAGCGCCACAUUUAUCAAGUUCGGUGUAUUUGUUCGUGGCGCUGUGCCAAAACCGUCUUUCAAGGUCGUCGGCAUUGGAGUGGGCAAUAACCACAACGUAGUCGUCGUCAGCGUCGUUAAAGGCAGUGCCAGUGUCGAGUCACUCUCAAAAUACAAAGUUAUUUGGACGGGAAAUAAAGGCCGGAAACGUUUCAACUUUUGUGGUGACGGUUAGAUAAUAAAUUCAUAAAAAAUGGCUAUAAGCUUUGAGAAACAUCGCGCACAAAUCGUAGCCGCUUGGAAAGAUGUACUGGACGAUAAGAGCAGCACAAAUUGGUCACUUUAUGGCUACGAAGGUCAAACGAAUGAACUAAAGGUUGUGGGCAGUGGUGAGGGUGGAGUGGAAGAACUCUGCGAGGAUUUAAAUAGCGGCAAAAUUAUGUAUGCUUUUGUGCGCAUCGAAGAUCCAAAGACGGGCUUGAAAAAGUUUCUACUCAUCAACUGGCAGGGUGAAGGCGCGCCGGUGUUGCGCAAGGGAACUUGUGCCAAUCACAUACAUGAUGUCGCCAAGCUACUUUCCGGCGCCCAUUUGACAAUAAAUGCACGCAAUGAAGAUGAUAUCGAUUUGGAGCGACUGGUCAAGAAGUUGAGCGCCGUGAGCUCAACGUAUAGCUUCAAAGAGCCACGCGGCCUGCCGGAUGAGCAGAAGACACCUGUGGGCACAAAUUAUACUCGCGUCAUACCUACGAAGGAGCUGAAUCCGAGUGUAAUGCAAGAUUUUUGGAAGAAGGAAGAGGAAGAGGAGAAGCGACGCAUUGCGGCCGAGAAGGAAACAAAGCGACAGCAGUUGCUCAAACUCGAGCAAGAGCAGCGUACACGUGAAGAGAAAGAGCAUUUGGAGCGUGAGAAGAAAGUUAUUAGCACGUCGAAGCUACAGCCGGCGCAUGUGCCGAUCAAAACCUCUCCGCAGCCCCUAAGUCCGGAGAAAACUGUUGCCAGCAGCUUCACUGCCGGCAUGACUGAAGCCGAGCGCAUGCGCCAGCAGCGCAAUCAGGAGGCGCGGGAACUGAUUGGUUCCCGUGUCAUUGCCGCCAAAGCAAUUUUCACUCAAAACACAAGUCAAGGCCAGUUGCAAACAAAAUUGAACACAGCACCACCUGCCAAACCUGCGCGCACAUCCAUAGCGCAACGCAUCAACGCCUUUAAUCAGCCACAAUCCGCUGAACCGGAACCACGCAAACCCUCACCUACUCCCGGUAAAGUCGCUCUUUCGAAAUUCGAGGAUAUUGCCGCCACCAAUAACGGCAUUCAACAGCACCAACAAACUGUGCAUACCACACAACGUGCGCCCUCGCCAGCCACAGUCACUGUGCCCACUCCCAUACUUGCCCACCAUCACCAAUCCCAAACACAGGUGGUCGAACCAGUUGUAGGAGUAGCAGCAAUAGCGGCGGCUGUAAUGGCGCCCGCGACUGUCGCGACAAAUGCACUAAAUGAAGAGGAGGUGGAGGUGGAGCAACCUGUCAAACCGGAAAUUACCGCCAUUGCCAAUAACGAUGACGUACCGUCGGUCGCAGAUGACUAUGCUGCCGAAAACGACGAACAAUAUUCCACUAUAAAACGUUCACCACAUAGUAAAUCAAAUUCAUUACAAUCACCAGAGACUUCAUCCUCCAAUGCGACCGAUACGGCGCUCUAUCAGGAUCAAGAUGAUGAGGGCGAGGAGCUGGAAGAGGAGGAAGUGGUGCGCACAAAAGUGUCGGUUACGGUGCAACAACCACAAUCGGCUAAAAAUGGACUAAGCAGCGCGUUGGAUAGAAAUGAUUUGACUGAUUUGGUUAACGAGGAUGACUUCAUCUGUCAGGAGUCACUGGGCGACGUUGGACUGAAAGCAAGAGCUUUAUACGAUUAUCAAGCAGCCGACGAAUCAGAGAUUACUUUCGAUCCGGGCGACAUCAUAACGCAUAUCGAUCAAAUCGAUGAAGGCUGGUGGCAAGGGCUCGGACCCGAUGGAACUUAUGGACUGUUUCCGGCAAAUUAUGUCGAAAUUAUUAACUAAACGAAAAUAAGGGAAUUAAUUAUACACAAGCAACAACCAUUAUUGCAACAAAAAUGUAAGCGAAAAAAAAACAAACAAAGACACAAAAUAGAUGAUUCAGCAAUUUUACAGUUUUACUUAUACUUUUACAAAUGAGAAUAAUUGCAACAAAGGAAAAAAUUUAUAGUAGUAUACACCCAGCAAAUGAACAAAAUAAUUGAAAUUCAUUAACUAUAGUCACCAUUUCCGCUCUUAAAAAUAAAACACACAUCAAAUUCAUUAGAAUUCGAAAUUCAGGCACAGCACAAUUUAAUUUUUUUUUUUAUAAAAUGAAAUCUUUGAGAGAGAAAGAGAGCAAGAGGAGGGUUUAGAAACUCCUAAUACUACUGAAGCAAUUGAAAUCUUAUGCAUUUUUAUAGCAACAUACUUACAUUUUUACUCGACUUUUGACUGCAACCACAAACUAAGAAAAUCACAAAACUUGAAGUAAAAAAUUCAGCAAAAAAAUUAGAUCGAAAUUUUCAAAACGUAAAAUUUUAUACGCACUCCCACACACACAUGAAAUUUUUGAUGCAUUUUUAAACAAUUUUUCUAUACUCAUGAUUAAAAAAAAUUUAAUCACGCCUAAAAAUGCAUGAAAUUCAUACAAGCCGAGUACAUAUUUAAAACGCAUAAAAUAUUUAAAAAGCAGAAACAAUGGAAAAAUACUUUUUAGUGCCAAGCUGCGUAAACACCACAUAAGUACUACAUUCAGAAUAACCGAUUGCGUUCAGUAAACGAGAUUAUAUUUAUAAAAAAAAAAAAAAAUUAUAUAAAAUAAAUAGUCUAUGUUAUUUAUUAAAAAAGUAAAUUGUAAAUUUGUUGCCUAAAUGUUAUCAGUCAGAAAUCGUUUAUCGUUGUGUGAUAUGCCAGUCAAAACAAAAUUAUUUUAGUGUUGGCGAGUUCUUUUGUAAUGAAAUGCAUUUUCAAUUUUAAUUUGCUUUAGAAGAUUAUAGAAAGAAAAGACCAAGGCGUGCUUGCUUUUUGAAAUUGCACAGUUUUAACUGAAAAUAGUUUUUGGAAACAAAAAAGUUUGAAAUAGUUUUCUAUAAAGCAAAAAAGUGGAAGUUUACAAUUACAAUCUAUCUAUCUAUACACAAAUUUCCUUUAUAUAAACUAAAACUUUGAAAACUCAAGUUUUCUUUUUCAUUAAAAAUAUGUAUAAAAUAAAACGUAUAAAUUUUCAAUUUUUUGAAGUAAACCCCCCUUUGAAUUACGAAGUUUUUUGCAGACAAAAAUAAAGUUUGGGUAGCUUAAAAUUUAAAAUAAUAUCCAUUUAAAUUAUUCAUUAGGUAAAAUCAGAGAUCGUAAAGGCUAUGAUCUUUGUAAUAAAAAUAAUUCAAUGGUCCCCUCCAAUAACGACACAAAAUAACGAUUAAAUUGUACUGAAAGAAAUGUAACGCUUUUUCUUGUCCUACAUUCAAAGAUGUCGUUAACUCCUCUCCAUAUGACUUUCAAGCGAGCGUAAUUGGUCUAAUAGUUUUUCAUUUGAAAC